UCAAAAUCUCAUGCGGGUUGAGUCAGCCGAAGCGUGCACAAGGAAGUGAUCUGGAAACGGACCGCUAACAUAGGAAAUAUCACAAAAUGAAGAUCAAGCGAUCGCCCUGUCUAACUAGAAGCCUCGCAGCGCUCGCGAUGUGCUGCUGCGUGUCCCAACUAAUGAUUGUGGUAGCAGCGCCACAGAACUACUUAGAGCAGGCAGCCGCGGGCGCAAUGGACAUGGCCAUGAAAAUGGGCGAGAUCUUGCAGAAUGGCGGCGCCGCACGGAAAGAAUUUGGCUUUCAACUGCCCGGUAUGAGCAUGCAUUCGAAGACCGCAGUCGGUAUGGGCGAAGCUAUGAUACAACGCAGCGAUAGCAGCGAAGAGGAUUCGGAUGAGCGGCGCAAACGUUCGCUCACCAGCGACGAACUGCCCGACGGUGGAGCGGGAAAAGGUCCACACACAACAUUCACCAAACUCAUGCGUAAUAUCAAUGCGCCCUGCAUUGGUGGCGGCACGGGCGGUGGUACGGGUGGCGCUGGAGAUGGCGGUGAUGGCGAGGAUAUUGUGGAUGAGGCACGUCGGCGUAUCGCGCGUAUGAAGGCGCGUAAAGCAGCCGGUGGCAAGAAGAGCACUACCAGCAAAUCGAAGAAGAAAAGUGGACGACGCCGGCGACAGGUGGAAGCUGCCGAUCUCGAAGGUUUGGGUGAGAGUGAGCAAGCGGCACUUCAGGCGGAAUUUCGUGCGCACAUGCAGCAAUUCGCCGAGAAGAUGAAUCAUGCGUAUGAGCAUAUUGCUGCGUCAGUGAUGGAAAUGAUGAAGCGUAUGGAGGAAAACUUCUAUGCUGAAGGUAAUAAAUGAUCUUAAGUUGUUUUAGUGGAAAUACUGUUUUGGUUGUCGGUGGGUUUAAGCUGUUCUGUUUUUAGAAAAUUAUUCAAAUAUUAUAUAAAUAAAUGUAUGUAUAAAGU